AUGAAGACAUCAAAUGUUCUUGUUCUCUUCUUAGUACUGCUUUAUAUCAAUGCCAGCACAGAAUGGCCUACGCACACUGUCUGCAAAGAGGACAACUUGGAAAUAUAUUACAAAAGCUGUGAUCCCCAGCAAGAUUUCUCUCUCAGCAUUGACCGUUGUUCUGAUAUUACAAGCAACACCUUUAACAUCAGAGCUGCAAUGAACCUAAGACACAGCAUCAAGGAACUAUAUGUCAAGCUUGAAAUGAUUGUAAAUGGGAAGACCGUCUUAACCCACUCAGAGACACUUUGCAAGCCGGGUCAUACUAAGCUUAUUUUCUGUGGAAUGAAGACAGGAGAACCCUUGUACUAUGAGGGACCAGUCACACUGGGAAUCAAAGAAAUCCCACAGGGAGAUUACACUAUUUCAGCAAAGCUGACUAAUGAAGAUCACGUCAUUGUCGCUUGUGCCGAUUUUACCGUGAAAAAUUAUUUAGAGUAUUAUUAGCAACAAACAAAUUUCAUGAAUGCUGCAGACUACCAAAACCAUUCAAAUCAAGUGGGUUGCUUGCAUGCUACAAUGAUUCUGAAGAAAAUAGUCCCCACAUGGUGGUUCUGAUGCUGUUUCUCUUUAUAAGUCACUAUUUUCAAGAAGUUACUAGAUUCUGU